AUGCUUGCAGGAAACUUUCCCUGGUCGCAGUCCUUCAUCUCUCUGCCUACUGACCCACAUUCCAGCCUGGUUGUGUCACUGGAAGUCAGCCGAGGCUGUGGCGGCUACUGUCCAUCUGAUCCUAAUGAGGCUACCCCUUCCCCCAGACAGUCUGAUGGUCACCCCCCUUCCCCACCCAGGUACUUAUCUCCACCAUUUGUUGAUCUAGACCCACUGCUGGACUAUGACCGGCUAGAUGAGGAGCUCGGAGGCGGAGUGGGAGCGGCUGUGAGCCAAACCCAGUGUCUGGUCAGGCCAGCCUGCAUUUCCCGCCACUCCAGGGUGUACGAGGAGGGGAGUGUUGUCACAGCCGGUAUGAAGAAAGGCUGGCUCCUUAGAGCCUCGCGCCAAAUUGGACAGGAUUUGACCAGCAGCAAUAGCCGAGGCCCCUGGGAAGAUGCUAGGGCGGUUUUGAAGCCCUCUACCCUCGCCAGGAAACCUAAACCACCCAAGCCAGAGAAUGCUAUCACCAUUGGGGUGUCAGCACGAGUUCUCUUCAACAUGGAGAAGGAGCAGCAGAUCUACGAGCAGCAGGGCAUGGAAGAGUACAUCAAGUAUCAGGUGGAGCAUGAAACGCAGCCUUUCAGCCCCGGUCCUGCCUUCUCUUUUGUCAAGGCUCUGGAGGCGGUGAACACUCGACUGAGGGAGCUUUACCCCGAGAGCGAGGAGCUCUUUGAUGUUGUGCUCAUGACCAACAACCAUGCAUACGUCGGCCUAAGACUCAUCAAUACCAUCAAUCAUCACAAGUUGUUCAUCGAGCGCUUCUGUAUGACAGGAGGAAACAGUCCCAUAGGUUACCUAAAGGCCUACCACACUAACCUUUACCUGUCUGCUGAUCCAGUCAAGGUUCGGGAAGCACUGGAAGAAGGUAUAGCAGCAGCCACGAUGUUCACCCCAGAGAAGAUAACAGAAGUGUCGGAGACUCAGCUGCGUGUUGCCUUUGAUGGAGACGCCGUCCUCUUCUCUGAUGAGUCUGAGCGCAUUUACAAGGCCCAUGGACUGGACAAGUUCUUUGAGCAUGAGAAGACACACGAGAACAAGCCUCUGGACCAUGGACCAUUGAAAGGUUUCCUGGAGGCUUUAGGAAAGCUGCAGAAGAAGUUUUAUGGCAAAGGACAGCGCAUGGACUGCCCCAUCCGGACCUACUUGGUGACAGCUCGCAGUGCAGCCAGCUCUGGAACCAGAGCCCUAAAAACUUUGCGCUCAUGGGGUCUGGAAAUCGACGAGGCUCUCUUUUUGGCAGGGGCACCCAAGGGCCCCAUGCUUGAGAAGAUUAGGCCCCACAUUUUCUUCGAUGACCAGAUGUUCCACGUGGAGGGGGCUGCUGAAAUGGGGACAGUAGCGUGCCACGUGCCCUAUGGGAUAGCUCAGAGAAUUACCAAGAAAGGGAAUAAUGACAAAGAGACUUCUUCAGCACCCCAAGAAUCCUAAACGUCACUGAGACUCAAGGGUUAACAGCUGAGGUUGUCAUUAUAAAGUAAUAUGAUUUCAUAAUAACAUCAAAUCACUUCUUUCAUUAGCAGUUAAUGACAUGUCAGCUCCAGGGGUUAUUCCAUUGAGUGUUACAUUAUCAGUUAAG